GAAGAAGAACUCUCGCGAUAAUCCAGUCGCGUCCUUGAUGCAGAAAUGGGCUACUGGGAUCUAGAAGAGGGCAAAGACUGCGUUGCUAAAACAUGGAUCACCACAAAAGUAGCCACUGCCGUCGGGCUGGUAGGUUCUGCCUACCACAUUGUGGCAUAUCCACCUGAAACAGCUGUUGAGGCUUUGACCAGAGCAACGUCAGGCACUGCCACCAUGGCCGCCAUGGGCGCCAUCUUUGGAAUGGCCACUUGUCUAAGCGCACAGGCCAGAGAUGCACCUGACGACCCAACCAACUAUUUCAUUGGUGGAUGUGCUUCGGGUAUUUUCCUCGGGGCUCGAACACACAGUGCUAUCACAGGUACCACAGCCUGUUUUGGUCUGGGAACUUUGGCUAUGUUCACCAAGAUUGGAAAAAAGGAAGGCUGGAGACUAACAGGACCCCCAAAGCUGUGACCUGAUAUGUCUCCUAGUAUUUGAUGUGUUGAUAUUGUAUAUUGCUCAAAUAAAUGUAUUACAAUUAAAAAUAAAAUGAUCUCUGG